AUGUCAGAUUCCAACCUCAGUGAUAACCAUCUUCCAGACACCUUCUUCUUGACAGGGAUCCCAGGGCUGGAGGCUGCCCACUUCUGGAUUGCCAUCCCUUUUUGUGUCCUUUAUCUUGUAGCAUUGGCUGGAAAUGCUGCCCUCAUCCUGGUCAUUGUCAGGGACAAUGCUCUUCAUGCACCCAUGUACCUCUUCCUCUGCCUUCUCUCACUCACGGACCUGGCUCUGAGUUCUACCACUGUGCCCAAGAUGCUGGCCAUUUUGUGGCUCCAUGCUGGUGAGAUUUCCUUUGGUGGAUGCCUGGCCCAGAUGUUUUGUGUCCAUUCUAUCUAUGCUCUGGAGUCCUCGAUUCUACUUGCCAUGGCCUUUGAUAGAUACGUGGCUAUCUGUAACCCAUUAAGGUACACAGCCAUUCUCAACCAUGCUGUCAUAGGCAGAAUUGGCUUUGUUGGGAUAUUCCGUAGCAUGGCAAUUGUCUCUCCCUUCAUCUUCUUGCUGAGGCGACUCCCCUACUGUGGUCACCGUGUCAUGACACACACGUAUUGUGAGCACAUGGGCAUUGCCCGACUGGCCUGUGCCAAUAUCACCGUCAAUGUUGUCUAUGGACUGACUGUGGCUCUGCUGGCCAUGGGACUGGAUUCUGUUCUCAUUGCCAUUUCCUAUGGCUUUAUCAUCCAUGCGGUCUUUCAUCUGCCAUCUCAUGAUGCCCAGCACAGGGCUCUGAGUACCUGUGGCUCCCACAUUGGUGUCAUCCUGGUUUUCUACAUCCCUGCCUUCUUCUCCUUCCUCGCCCACCGCUUCGGUCACCACCAAGUCCCCAAGCAUGUGCACAUCUUUCUGGCUAAUCUCUAUGUGCUGGUGCCUCCUGUACUCAAUCCUAUUAUCUAUGGAGCUAGAACCAAGGAGAUUCGGAGUCGACUUCUAAAACUGCUUCACCUGGAAAAGACCUCAAUAUGA